UGUAAAUUAAGAAUGAGUAACUUAUUACUUUAGAUGAUUUAAAAAGUAAUUUUACUCCUCAACUUAAUUUACUGAUUUUAAGAUUGAAGCUAAAGAUACUAAACAAGCACAUAACAGAUCAUCGAUAGCAUAAAAAGAGGUUAAAGGAAUCCCUCUGAUACCAACAAACAGACAUGAAAAGCAAGCAAAAUGUUAAAUUUUGGCAAGAUACAACACCAAUUUCUAUAAGUUUAAGUAUUUUCAAUUGAGAAAGGGAAGUUAGCCAUGAUGUCAAAUAAAGAUGAUGAAGAAACCGAUGAUUUUACAAGGGCACUACAGCUGAAUAGUGGGUCAAUUCUUGGAAUGGUGAUGAAAGCUGCCAUUGAGCUUCAUUUGUUUGAGAUCAUGUCUAAAGCUGCUUCUGUAAAUGGUACUUAUCCUUUUGGCGAUGAUUCUAAAAUGCUGUCCAGUGAUGAUAUUGUAGCUCAUCUUCCUACACAAAACCCAACAGCUCCAGCAAUGCUUGACAGACUUCUCCGGUUUCUUGCUGCCAAGUCCAUUCUUAAGACCCGAACCAUAGUAUCCCAAGUAGAUGGCAAAGAUAAGAGUUUGUAUGGUCUAGCAAGUAUAUGUAAAUAUUACAUUUCCGAUGAGGAUGGGGUUUCAUUAGCUCCCUCACUGGCUCUGCUUCAUGACAAGACUAUCGUAGAUUCUUGGUAUCACUUGAAAGCUGCAGUGCUGGAGGGAGGAAUUCCCUUUAACAUGGCUCAUGGCAUGCAUGUCUUUGAAUACCCUGCAAAUGACCACCGAUUCAAUGAAGUUUUCAACGAAGGAAUGUACAACCACACCACCAUAAUCAUGAAGAAGAUUCUAGAAGUUUACACUGGAUUCGAACAACUCAUUGAGAUAGUAGAUGUUGGUGGUGGAACAGGAGCAACACUAGCCAAAAUCAUAUCCAAGUAUCCCCAUAUUAGAGGAAUCAACUUCGAUUUGCCUCAUGUCAUUAAAGAUGCCUCUCCCUUAACUGGCGUGGAGCAUGUUGAAGGAGAUAUGUUCAUAAGAGUCCCGAAAGGAGAGGUUAUCUUCAUGAAGUGGAUACUUCAUGAUUGGAGCGACGAUCACUGCUUGAAGCUUUUAAAGAAUUGUUGUGGCGCCCUACCAGAAUUUGGCAAGGUGAUAACUGUAGAAUCAGUGGUGAAUGAGAACUCGGCCACAGGUUCUCUAUCGGAAUCAAAUAAUGUCCUAGAUGCUGAUAUGUUAAUGAUGGCUUCAAGUUCUGGAGGAAAAGAAAGGAGUUUGAAAGAAUUUGAGGCAUUAGCAGUAGAAUCUGGAUUUGCUUCAGUAAAACUCAUAUGCAGUGCAACUAUAUAUAGUGUUCUGGAAUUUUAUAAGAAAGUCUAGUUCGUUUGGAUCAUUCUUGUACAAUGUACUUAAUACUUUAUACAUGUUUAGUAAUUGAACAUUUCUCAGAGUUUUUUUGAUGUUGAUG